CUUUUAAUAUAUUGAAGUAGGUUGGUUGUGACAUUGAGUCGUACAAUCAAUUUUGUCUUAGUUACAUUCUUUAUCUCAUGUCCUUUGUUUCAUUGCAGCUCAGCACCCACUAUGUCUGGCACCGUUAUACUUACUGGUGCUAACAGCUCAGCGGGGCUCAACGCCGUUGAUCACCUUCUCAAAACAUACCCGCAGCAUACUGCUGUUUUUACGGUCAGAAGUGCCGCCAAUACCGAUGUUAAUACAAAUAACCUACGUGAUAUUAUAGCUCAAUAUCCUAAGGCGAAAGCAUCUAUUUAUGAGCUUGAUCUAGCCGACCUUACUGCCGUUCAUGCAUUUGCUACCACUAUCUCGGGGCAGAUUACUAGUAGAUCUUUACCCGCCAUCAAGUCGAUCAUCUGUAAUGCUUUUUACUGGAAUCUUGUCGCUGAUCCUGAACUUACCGUCGACGGAUACGACAAGACUUUACAAGUCGGGCAUAUCGCUCAUGUAGUACUAGUCUUACGCCUUCUCGAACAUUUCAGUCCCGAUGGCGGCCGUAUCGAGCUCCUGUCGAGUAUCUCGCAUUAUCGUAAAAAGAGCUCGAUGACGCCAUAUCUUCCCGAAAUUCCUGAUAACAUCGACCUCCUGAUCCAUCCACCCGCGGACCCUGAUAAGCAAGGUAGAGGGGCCCAGAGAUAUGCCAUUUUGAAACUGGUCGUUACUACUUGGAUGUAUCCACUCAACGAAUAUCUACAAAAGGACCCCAAGUUCUCUAAGAUCACCGUCGUGGCCGUAAAUCCCGGGAACCUUGGCGACUCCCGCGCUUUUCGAACCAAUGUCCCACUUUCCCUUAGGAUCAUACAGAAAGUCGUAUUCAAACCACUGAUGCCCUUGAUUCAACGCUUUGCUGACCCAACAUUCCGCACGUCGCGCGAGGCCGGCAUUGAUAUCAUAGAAUUGGGUGUUGCUCAGGCCGAAGAUGGUGAACGAGGUUAUUAUACGCUCCUCAAGAAAGACGACCCUGACCCCGCCGUGCUGGAUAAGGAGAAGCAGCGCAUUAUAUGGGAGAAGAGCGCCGAGUGGGCCAAAAUCAACAAGGACAAUACUGCGCUUAAAGUCGCGUUUGAAUAGUUUGAAUAUUUUGCUUCGUAAGGGGUAAGGUGAGAUUACUAGGUUAGUAGUUAAGUGUAAACUAAUACUUAGGUGGUGUGAAUUUGUGUUGGUGGCAUGGUGGCAUGGUGGCAUGGUAUAGAGGGUUUACUCCAAUUCUCGUUCUGCCGAUCUACUGAUAUAUAGGUAUUUAUUUAUAAAGCGGAAAUGGCCCACCCAAUUCGAUUAAGAUGGAAAAUAAACCAUUCAUAAACCUUUAUGAACAUGACGGUUAAACCCAUACAUAUCGCUAAUAUCUGCCGACAUGAGCGAGGGAACUUUUGCUCCGUGGGUCUUCAUCGAACUUAAAAAUUGAUUUCAUGUCCAUCUC